UGCAUGGCACAGUCGUGAUGGGCAGAGAGGUUUAGAUGAAGGUACCAGACAGAAACGAUGGAAUUGAUCAAUCUGCUGUGUCUCCUGACGAUCACUGGAGUGAUCAUCUGUAAAGAUAAAGGUUUCAUCAGAGUGGUGGCGAGAGUCGGUGAAGACGUGGUUUUACCGUGUUCCCUCGGCCCUAAGAACAUCGGACCUGCUUUGUUUGACUGGACGAAAGAUCAACAGAACGUGUUUCUGUACGACGGCGGCGUUCAUUACAACAACGGACUUCAUGGUCAAGACCCACAGUUCAAAGGACGAGUGUCUCAUUUUCCAGACAAACUGAAAAAUGGCGACGCCUCCAUCAUCAUCAGAAACAUACAACUGUCUGACAGUGGAAGCUACUCCUGCUAUUUCCCACUUCUUAAUCAUCAAAGAUUCUACAUUGAGCUUUUUGUUGGUGCCUCUGCAAAGCUACGCAUCAUGAUACUUCAGAUCACAGAAGACCGGGCUCUGCUGCAGUGUGAGGUUCGUGAGGCUUUUCCAGGACUGCAGAUUUCAUGGAUUGACAGUAAUGGGACCAUCCUUCCUGCUACGGAGAAGCUCGAGGACUCGGAUGAUCUCCACUACCCUCCAGCUCUGACGCUUCAAACUAACGUAACCAAAACCGGCAUCUUCCGCUGUCGAGUCACUCAGCAGGAACUCAACCACACCACUGAAGCUCAGAUUUCCAUACCCAUCUUCAGUAAGUUUGGUCCUCCAGAUGUUCAUGUCUUUGAUUUUAAAUAGAUGCUUUCAAUAGAUGCUGGCAGAUUAUUUCACUGCUCACUUUGUUUAGUUUACUGACUGUUAAUUUUUUGUGUUACAGGUGACAAAACAGUAGCAGGAUCCAUUGGAGUACGUGUCACUGUAGUCAUAAUAGGUUUGAUUGCAGUUGUGAUAUUAUAUUGGUGGUACAGGAGAAG